CGCGCCCUUCGUUGCCGCCGGCGGCGGCCGGUGUUGCAAGGGCGGUGCGGGUGAAGAAGGUGGAGGUGGAGGCGAGGCGCGGCGAAGAAUCCCCCCCAAGGCGCCGUCCUCCGACGCCUCCCUCUCAGACGGCGGCGGGAGCGAGGGCUCGGACUCCGGCGCCGCUCCGAUCGAGUCCCCCUCAAAGCGCCCUCGUCGCAGGUGUAGGGAAUGGAGCCGAACCAAAAUUAGGGGUUGCUUCCCGUUCCGCUGCCCAAUUCGCGAGUUCGAAUGGUGAUAUGGGUAAUAAAAUCCAAGCGAGGAAGCCAAGCCGCAGGUGGAUGCGAAACCCGGGUUGAUGAAGACGGCGAACGCGGGAGGUUGGUUGAACAUGGGCAUUCCGGUUGCUCACCUGAUGAAUGGCAAUUUCGUUACGAUAAUCUCAGCAGCAUCACACAAGAAACAAUGGAAGGGUGUGAUCAGGAUUGCGGUUGGGAGAUUUUUUUUUUUCCGAGCAAAGAGUUUGCAGCAGUUGGCCUUUGCAUCGAAGGAGUUGGAUCCAGAAAAUCCAAGAUAUUAUCAAUCUCAAAGAUGGAAAAGAGAAGGCAAACCGGGCAUAAAGUAAAGAUGUGACUAAUACCUUCUUCAGACUACUACACGUAACAGUGUGAUUGGCAAUUUGGCUGGGACAUGCACAUUCCAGGCACUGACUUCUUGCCUUUGUUUUGCUCUCUUGGUCGAGCUAUCACCUUUAUUAUCCUGUACUGUACCAGUCUGGACCACGGAAGCCACCAGUUCAGCAUUGAUGCCAUCCAACCCAUAUUCCAGCUAACUCCUGCCGUUCUUCUAAUGCCAUGGCAGUUAAGCAGCAAGAGGGAAAAAGGCACCCGUUGUACACCUCACCUCACGCUCAAAGGCAACGCAAGCACGCAGCUUUUCUUUCUUGGCCUCGCCUCGCCUCGCCUCUGCCCAUCUCCCCUCCCACUCGAUUCCUCCACCUCUGCUCCGAAUCUCCCUUUCCGCGUGCGCGCGUCGAUUCCUCCGUGCUCUCACCACCCGAUUUGGGGGCCGGUCUGAGAUGGGGCAGUGGCACUGACCGGAGGACCUUCGCCGACGUCGUCCAUGGCGCAGCCGCAGAAGCGAGUCUACGAAGCUUGGAAAGGGAAUAAUAGGUUCUUGUUUGGUGGGAGGUUGAUAUUCGGACCCGAUGCCAAGUCCCUGCUCGUCUCUGUUUCGCUCAUCGUGGUGCCUGUUCUCGUCUUCUGCGUGUUCGUUGCGCGGCAUCUCCGGCAUCAGUUCUCCACCUACAACGCAGGAUAUGCGAUUCCUGCGGUUGCAGUACUCUUCAUGAUCUAUGUACUUACCUUGUUGUUCAUCACCUCAGCUCAGGAUCCUGGCAUUGUGCCUCGCGCAUCGCAUCCACCGGAGGAAGAGUUUGCCUAUGGCAAUCCAUUGAACGGGGGCACACCAGGCAGGCUGCAAUUUCCCCGUGUAAAAGAAAUAAUGGUUAAUGGGAUGCUUGUGAAAGUAAAGUAUUGUGACACCUGCAUGAUUUACCGGCCCCCUCGGUGUUCGCACUGUUCAAUAUGCAACAAUUGUGUCGAGCGCUUUGAUCAUCAUUGCCCUUGGGUUGGACAAUGCAUUGGACAGCGCAAUUAUCGAUUCUUUUUCCUGUUUGUUUCCUCCUCGACUCUUCUUUGCAUUUAUGUAUUUGCAAUGUCGGCGUUAUACAUCAAGUUCCUCAUGGAGGAGGGCUAUCCUACAGUGUGGAAGGCUUUGAAACACUCUCCAGCAUCUUUGGUGCUUAUGAUAUACUGUUUCAUCGCCCUCUGGUUUGUUGGUGGACUCACUGGAUUUCAUUCAUAUCUCAUUUGCACUAACCAGACCACAUACGAGAACUUUCGAUACAGAUCAGACAACAGGCCUAAUGUCUAUGAUCAAGGAUGUCUGAAUAAUUGCUUAGGAGUCUUCUGUAGUAAGACAAAACCUUCAAAACACAAAUUCAGAGCCUAUGUACAAGAGGAAGUACGAGCUCCAGUAGUUAACUUUGGCAGGCAGAUGGAAGAAGAGCCAGCUGGUGGCCCUCGGGCAAAAGUAGAAGAUGAUCUUGAGAUCGGUAGUGAUCUCCUGCAGAUCUCUCAGCGGCGCAACUAUGGGGAUGUUGAUCUUGAAAUGGGAAGUCAGGACUGCAGUGAGAUGGAAGGCAUUCCCAACGCCAAACUUGCGAUAGGUUCUGAAUCGCAGAUUCCUGCAAUCGGAAGUGAGGUACGAGUGCGGCACUCGAGCUGGGAUCGUAGAAGUGGGAAUUGGGACAUGUCAUUAGAUGUAAUUGGAAGAAGUGCAUCAGAUGUAAUUAGAAGAAGUGCUUCUGGCCAUGAGGCUGCACCUCCAUUUCAAACAGAAACUCACUAGUCAGUUAUUCGUGCAUUGAGAAGAUGUGUCAGAAACCUGAACUUGGAUUUCAAGGCUGUUUAACUGAUGAUGACAGUAUGACACAUACCCAGAGAGCAAGAAAGAAAAAUGCACAUGACGCAUUUUGACUUUGACUGCCGUAAUUGGUAUUUUCAAUCAUUUUUCAUGUAUGAACAGUUACUUUAGUCAAAGAUUCCGUGCGGUUGGGGUCACAUAUUUGUGUUUUUUUUUUCUUUUUUUGUGUGGCAAUCUGAUCUCACAGCGUCUUCAUGAUUCUUUAUGUAAAUUACUAUUGCAUGAUACUCAUCCACCUGUAAUUCCUCUGCAGCUUCCUUCAGGAAUUUCUGUAGUGCAUCUCCAUUAGCUUUCAUUA